GAAGAAAUAAUCAAUAAGGAAAAGAAAUCAAUUCUUUCAGAGUUUCUAAAAGUUGUUGAUUUAGCAGAGCAGCAUCCAAUAUCUGGAAAAGUAAAUGAAAAUAUAAGGCAAGCCUGUGUUGAGCAUAGGCAUGGUGGACGCUGGAAUGUAUCUGAUUAUCACAUCAAUAAUGUUGUAUGUAUCGAUAUGAAAGAAUGUUAUUCAGCAAGUAUGCGAGGUCAAGGAGAAUGUACACCAUGGUUCAAUAGGUUCAGACAUCCAACACAUUAUCUUGUUCGAGUUGCGGUAAAUGGAGAAUUGCCAGAGAAUGAUAUCACUGGAUUUGCGCAGGUUGGUAUUCUAGAAAGUGUGACUAUUGGAGAGGCAAUAAUUUCUCUUACUAAACAGACCAAAGUAUGGCUACCUAGAAAUCAAGAUAUUAGUUGUGCAAUUAUAGGUAAGUUUACACAAAGUGGCAAGAUUGAUGAAAAACACCUUACUCAUCGACUUGUAACAGAUAAAGGUGAGCUUGAUUUCUUGAUCAAAGAUUGUACUGAUGCUGGAACUUUUGCCAGAAGAGAAAAAUGUUCACUCGGAUUUAUACUUACAUAUUACGAGGGAUAUCAACCUCAAUAUACACAUUUGCGGGCCUCAAUGUUAGCAUAUGCGCAUAUUAAUUUGUUAGAGAUGCUUUGGAGAUUUGAUUCUAAUAAAGUAGUAAGGAUUGCUACAGAUUCUAUAUAUGUACGAAAAGAGGCUUUAUAUAAGAUCAAAAAUAUACCAGCAUUCUUCAAGCAAGUUGAGGUAAAGUUAGAUCCAAAUUUAUGUUCAUACUAUCCUUCUUGUGCAAUGUGUACUGAUCUAGAAGAAUUCUUUAUUUCAAAAUCUGCAAAUAAAUG